AUGGUCAGGCCCCAUCUGGCGUUUGCCACGCUGAGCCGAACUUCAGGGUGUCCCUCAAAGACCACCAGAUUUCGGGAGUGCCAAAGGGCCUCCUUCACCGAGUUGAUGAUCCUCCAGGCACACUCGAUGCGGGUCUCCCUGUGGGUGCCACAGAAGAGGCCGUACUACAGCACCGUGACAGUGGGUCCCCAGGGACGAACUACAGAGUGUGUGAAGAAGAAAAGGAUCUGGGAGACCAAGAAAUCAUGGGAUGUGGCAACUCCAGAGCUAAACAUUAUCCAGCGAAGAGAAAAGAGAAAGAAGUGGGAUACAGUUCUGAUUCUCAGCAUUGAUAUUCCUUACUUUGAUGGACAAACCAUCAAAGCUGCCAUUCUGAUCCAGAGGUGGUAUCGACAGUAUGUUGCCCAAAUGGAGGUUCGCAGACGCUGUACAUGGAACAUUUUCCAAUCCAUUGAGUAUGCUGGGGAGCAGGAUCGCAUUAAUCUCCACAAUUUCUUCAGUUACUUGAUGGACCACUUCACUCCAGCUUGCAGCCAAGAGGGGGACCUCAUUUCCCAUAUCUUCACUCAGACGGAUGGUUCAUGUAAGGACGCAGAGCUAGAUAAUUACUUUGACUACAAAACCAUUGAGGUUACCUCCUCAUAUGCUGGACCUCAUCUCUGUUUCCCUCUCACCCCUGCACAUGUAACUGCCUUACUGGAAGCCUUCAAACAAAAUCAACAGCUUCAUGCUUGCUAUGUAUUACAGCUUCUGAAUGAAGCCAGGAAACAUCUGAAGAAAUUGCCAAAUAUCACCCAUAUUUCUACCAGCUAUGAGAAAGAGAUUACUAUUUGUGGAGAUCUGCAUGGGAAGCUGGAAGACCUAUUUUUAGUAUUUUAUAAGAAUGGACUUCCAUCCCCAGAAAAGGUCUAUGUCUUCAAUGGAGAUUAUGUUGACAGAGGCAAACAUUCCAUUGAGAUUCUGCUGAUCUUGUUGACAUUCCUCCUUGUUUACCCCAAAGAAGUCCAUCUGAAUAGAGGAAACCAUGAAGAUCAUAUCAUGAACCUAAGAUAUGGCUUCACAAAGGAAGUCAUGCAGAAGUAUAAGGUGCAUGGGAAGAGAAUGUUAAAGCUAAUUCAGAGUAUUUUCAGUUGGCUGCCGCUAGCUACUAUUAUAGAUGAGAAAAUAUUGAUUACACACGGAGGGAUCUCAGAAACAACGGAUUUGGACUUUCUGGCCAAAAUUGACAGACACAAGUACAUUUCGACACUGAGACCGCCCAAGAGAAACAGGAAAAGAUUUGAAUAUGGCAAGCAGGUGUCAGGACAGGGCUUGCACUUUAACGGGGAUAGUGAAGAGUGCAUGAGCAGCUCGUGUCAAACUCCAGGCAACAACUUACUGACUGGCAGCUCCAUACUGAGUUAUGCUCACACUUACAAAAGCCAAAGGAACAAUACAUCUGCAUUGAUCCAGGUGAACAAAAAGGAAAUCUCUAAAAGAGUCCGACGCUCUGUUGAGGAGGAAUUAGAGAAAUGUCGUCGACAAGUGGGCUUCGGUGACACAUAUGAUGAAUCGAAGGUGGUAAUUUCCAUGUCUGAUUCCGACUCCGAGUCAUAUGAACCCCUGGAAUCUGAUAACCUUGAAUGGAAUCAGGUUGUGGAUAUUUUAUGGAGUGAUCCUAUGCACCAGGAAGGCUGUGUUUCUAACACUGUCAGAGGCGCCGGGUGUUAUUUUGGACCUGAUGUGACUGAGAAAAUACUAAAAAAGCAUAACCUACUGCUCUUGAUCCGCUCCCAUGAAUGCAAACAAGAAGGUUACGAAUUUUGCCAUAAUCGCAAGGUCCUGACCAUAUUUUCUGCUUCCAAUUAUUAUGAAGUGGGCAGUAACAGAGGAGCCUAUGUGAAGCUUGGUCCCGAUCUCAUCCCUCACAUUGUGCAGUAUCAAGCCAAUAAAUCCAUUCACAAGCUUACCCUGAGACAGAGAGUGAGUAAGGUUGAGACGUCAGCGCUAAGAGCUCUGCGGGAGAAGAUCUUUACUCACAAAUCAGAGCUCAUCAGUGCUUUUGAGCUUUAUGACAAGAGAAAAAUAGGUAAAAUUUCACUGAACGACUGGGCAACCGCAAUGGAGUCCAUCCUACGUCUGGGACUACCAUGGCGAGUGUUGCGAUCCCAACUUGUGCCUAGCACUCAUGAUGGACUUUUGCAAUACUGCUCAUGGUUUGAUAAUCUUGCCAUACAAGAACCCGUUGCACAGAAUAUACAGACGAGCCUGUUGGAAAAGCUUUACAGAAACAGGACAGACCUCGAGACAAUUUUCCGAAUCAUUGACAGUGAUCACUCAGGGUUGAUAUCAUUUGAGGAAUUUCAACAGACUUGGAAACUCCUGAGUUCUCACCUGAAGGUUGAAGUCAGUGACAAAGGGAUCUCUGACCUAGCUCGCAGCAUCGACUUCAAUAAGGAUGGAAACAUAGAUAUCAAUGAGUUCCUCGAGGCUUUCCGACUGGUUGACAAGUCGCAUUACAAUGAGAGAGAUGCCAAUUUGUUGCCAGCCCCACAGAGCAGAUAGGCAAGUAUGUCAGAGUAACCAAAGAAUGGAAAUCUCAGCGAGGAAGCCAGACUGAUUAGAUGAACUUUCGCACACCUUAAAAAGUAAAU